UAGCCGAAUGGUAGCCACAGUCCCUGAGGUGAGGGAUGCUAUUGAGUCUACAGGUGAGUGGCGGGACCCGCGCGCAAGACGGUCCCGGCAGCCUCUCUGAACUUCCACCGAAGCUGUCUCCGUUCCUCCACGAGCCCAGUUCCUCCGCGAGACCCGGGCCGGGCCUCGGCGUCUCUGCCCCGGCAGGGCCGGCGGAGUAGCCAGAGGCCUGGGCUGCGCCUUCAUGCCACCUUCCCACGCGGCUUACACAUCCCGUCCCGUGGUUUCCUAAGACAGCCAUUUUCAACUCUCCACAAGAGGCUACUAUGGCAUUUCCUCACCUGCAACAGCCCAGCUUCUUACUGGCUAGCCUGAAAGCUGACUCUAUAAAUAAGCCCUUUGCACAACGAUGCCAAGACUUGGUUAAAGUCAUUGAGGAUUUUCCAGCAAAGGAGCUGCAUGCCAUCUUCCCGUGGCUGGUAGAGAGCAUUUUCGGCAGCUUGGAUGGUGUUCUCAUCGGCUGGAACCUCCGCUGUUUACAGGGACGUGUGAGCCCUGUAGAGUACAGCAUUGCAAUGGAAUUUCUAGACCCUGGUGGCCCAAUGAUGAAGUUGGUUUAUAAACUUCAAGCUGAAGACUAUAAGUUUGACUUUCCUGUCUCCUACCUGCCUGGCCCUGUGAAGGCAUCCAUCCAAGAGCACGUGCUCCCUGAUAGCCCUCUGUACCACAAUAAAGUCCAGUUUCCGCCCACCGGGGGCCUUGGCCUGAACCUGGCCCUUAAUCCGUUCGAGUAUUACAUGUUCUUUUUUGCUUUGAGCCUCAUCACUCAAAAGCCACUCCCCGGGGCCCUCCAUGUCCGUACUUCAGACUGUGCCUAUUUCAUCCUGGUGGACAGGUACCUGUCAUGGUUCCUGCCCACAGAAGGCAGUGUGCUCCCCCCACUCUCUUCCAGUCCUGGAGGACCCAGCCCUUCACCAGCUCCCAGGACGCCAGCCAUGCCUUUUGCUUCCUAUGGCCUCCACCACAUCAGUCUCCUGAAGCGACACAUCUCUCAUCAGACAUCUGUGAAUGCAGACCCUGCCUCCCAUGAGAUCUGGAGGUCAGAAACUUUACUCCAGGUUUUCGUUGAAAUGUGGCUUCAUCAUUAUUCCUUGGAGAUGUAUCAAAAAAUGCAGUCCCCUCAUGCCAAGCUGGAGGUUCUGCACUACCGACUCAGUGUCUCCAGCGCCCUUCACAGCCCUGCCCAACCCAGCCUCCAGGCCCUCCACGCCUACCAAGAGUCAUUCACGCCCACCGAGGAGCACGUGCUGGUGGUGCGCCUGCUGAUCAAGCAUCUUCACGCCUUUUCCAAUAGCCUGAAGCCCGAGCAGGUGUCUCCCUCCACCCACUCUCAUGCCACCAGCCCCCUGGAGGAAUUCAAACGAGCCGCCAUCCCGAGGUUUGUCCAGCAGAAGCUCUACCUCUUCCUGCAGCACUGCUUUGGCCACUGGCCUCUGGACGCAUCCUUCAGAGCUGUCCUGGAGAUGUGGUUAAGCUACCUGCAGCCCUGGAGAUAUGCGCCUGAGAAGCAGGCUCAGAGCAGUGAUGGCCAGGCCCGCUGUGUGUCAGAGAGAUGGGCGCCCUUUGUACAGGAGAACUUGCUGAUGUAUACCAAGCUCUUCGUGGGCUUCCUGAGCCGUGCACUGCGCACUGACCUGGUCAGCCCCAAGAAUGCACUUAUGGUGUUCCGAGUGGCCAAAGUCUUUGCCCAGCCCAACCUGGCUGAGAUGAUCCAGAAAGGUGAGCAGCUGUUCCUAGAGCCUGAACUCGUCAUCCCCCAUCGCCAGCACCGCCUCUUCACACCUCCCACAUUCACCGGCAGCUUCCUGUCGUCUUGGCCGCCAACUGUCACCGAUACCUCCUUCAAGGUGAAGAGUCACGUAUACAGCCUGGAAGGCCAAGACUGCAAGUAUACCCCGAUGUUUGGGCCAGAGGUCCGGACACUGGUCUUGCGCCUGGCUCAGCUCAUCACACAGGCCAAGCAGACAGCCAAGUCUAUCUCUGACCAGUGCGGGGAGAGCACAGCUGGUCGCCCCUUUCUAUCAUGGCUAGGCUUCUGCCUCUCAGACACAAACAGCUCCUACUCAGCCAAUGACCUGGAUGACAUGGGGCAGGACAGCGUCCGCAAGACAGACGAAUACCUGGAGAAGGCCCUGGAGUACCUGUGCCAGAUGUUCCGACUCAGUGAGGCCCAGCUCGCCCAGCUCACACUGGCCUUGGGAACAACUCAGGAUGAGAAUGGAAAGAAGCAGCUCCCGGACUGCAUCGUGGGUGAGGACGGACUCAUCCUCACACCCCUGGGCCGGUACCAGAUCAUCAAUGGGCUGCGGAAGUUUGACAUCGAGUACCAGGGGGACUCAGAGCUACAGCCCAUCCGGAGCUAUGAGAUUGCCAGCCUGGUCCGCUUGCUCUUCCGGCUGUCCUCUGCCAUCAACCACAGGUUUGCAGGCCAGAUGGCAGCCCUGUGUUCCCGGGCUGACUUCCUCGGCAGCUUGUGUAGAUACCACCUCAUGGAGCCUGGGGUGUCUAACAGACACCUGCUGAGCCCUGUGGGGCAGGGACGUGCAGCCAGCCGUGCCCGGGGCCCCAGGCUCAGCCUGCGCUUCCUGGGCAGCUAUCGAACACUGCUGUCGCUAUUGCUGGCCUUCUUUGUGGCCUCUCUGUUCUGCGUCGGGCCCCUGCCGUGUGCCCUGCUCCUCGUGCUGGGCUACUUCCUCUAUGCUGCAGCCAUGACACUACUGACGGAGCAGGGCAAGCUGCACCAGCUCUGACCACAAGCCAGCCUCUCUUCCCACACAGCCCCUCCCGUGUACCUGGGAGGCCACCUCCAAACCUGAGCCUGGUCACCUUCGUGCUUCUAGGGGACAUUUUCCUGUAGCCUCUGAACCAUUCAGAAGAGAACCUGAAAGAGAAGGGUGUGCAGUCCAGACUCGGCCAGGAAGGAAGCAGUGUCCAGGGGCCCAUGGCCUGCGCAGGAUAGGGACAGUCCAGGGUCCAGCCACUGGGCCUUCCUCCUUUCUCAGUCAGAGGGGAGGCCCCGCAGUAAGGUGGCUUUUGAGCUUCUCUCUCUCAGCUGUUUCAGGGUGUAGCCAUGGGAAGCCACGGAGUCAGUGCUUCCCCGGGAGGGCCCUUGGCCUCUGCCCGCACUGUCCUUGAGGUGGGCAGUGUAGCAUGAGUCCCCUCCGCCUGGAUGACACCAGGACAGCAGCUUAGUCUCUGGCUUUAGAGAACCACAGACCCUUAAAGAGAUUUCUGAGAAAAUUAAAUGAUGGUUCUCGGAUUUCUAGUUUUAAAACUAAAUUUUGCCACCACACUUGGCAAAGCAAGGGUCAUUCUUCAUGUUCUCCCAACAGUUGGAAGUCUGGGCCUACACUUCCACUUUUGAGGAAAAAAUAUUCUUCAGUUGCUUCCUUCGGCCCCCAGGUCAGCAAGCACCUCUCUCAGUGGUGGCCCAGGUCACCACCUUGUCCUGUAGGAUCAGCUCUUGUCCCCUGCGGGCAUAGGGGAUAUGACAGGACCACCAGGUCCAUCCUACAGCUUCUGGUCUACAACCAAAGAUGAUCAAAAGCGUUUGUACCUUCAAUAAAAUCAAGUGUGCAAAGACA